UGGAUAUCUUCGUAAACCUCGUACAUCUUAUACAGCCUUACGUCGUUCUAGAACAAUCAUUUAUUCAUCCAGUCCAGUUAGACCUCCUCCAAUUACAAUUUUUUGAUAAACAGGCAUCGCCGUUCUGUCAUAUCUCCUGCACCUGAUGCGUCCACCACCACUACGUGUUCGUUGGCCAUCCUGCUUAUCUAUAUCAUCGGCCCUCUAAUGCCUGUGCUUUAUAGUUCACGCUAGUACGUGGUGUCGUCGCAGCUCACAGCUUAUGAGUUAGAUUUACAAAGCGCCAGCCCUUACAAGUUGUUUAUUGGCCGCAUAUCUCAAACAUGACACUGGUGGAUGUGGGUUGCGCUGGAAAAGUAUCAGUGAAAGAUAACGUGGGAAUGACCACCGGAAAUAGCGGCUAAUUUUCUGAUAAGGGUGCUGGUACGCAACUCAACUCGUCCUAUUUGCCUUUUUCUUUGUUAUUGCUCGCACUCUAAUCCUGCUUUAAACGGCCGUUAGUAACAACCUCUCGAGGCUCAGACAUUACAGUGUUAUCCUAAUACUAGGAUCAAAAAACAUGCUUCUGUAAUAUUAGCGGGCUGGGAAAAUCUACUGAUACUGAAUGAUCAUGCCGAAGGCCGAAAUACCGGACCGAAAGAUAAUCGUCCUUUCUUCAGGACGCUAAUUGCUCUUAUCUCGUAUGUCCUGAACUGUGCCCUUGGAAAUGGGGUCGAACUGCGGUCGGAUAUGGCCUUUAACUCUUGGCUCCCACCUUAUCUUUUGUCUGACCUGUUUUCAAAUAUGAAGCAGGGCUUAUCUGCCUUACAGAACGUCUCAGCUGAUAGGCUUACUUUUCUGCAAACAUCCCUUCGAAAGUCACGACAACCAUAUACGUAUCACGAAACGACGCUCAACAUGUCUGACGAGAUUAAAAAACAAAGCUUAACCCAUCACCAUUUGACUAAUUUCCAUCUGGAUGACUACCCAGAUGAGAAGCAGAUUGUUGCCGAUAAUGGAAACUUGGUGACGGUAGAGGAAGUCAAGAUCGCCGAAGAUGCUCUUCUGAUGGCCGAUGAAUACACAGAAGAACAAUACAAGAAGCUCAAGCGCAAGGUGGACUGGAUUCUUUUGCCUUUAAUGUGGUGGUGUUAUGGUAUUCAGCAGACGGACAAGACCGGUCUCGGUACCAUGAACCUGUACGGCGUGCAAGCUGAUACCGGUAUGCAUGGUAACCAAUACUCUCUCUUAACUGUGGUGUUCUAUACGGCCUAUGGUAUUUGCGAGUUCCCUUCAAACAUCAUUCUGCAACGCUUUAACAUGGGCAAGUGCUUGACAAUCUACAUGUUUUGCUGGGGUAUCGUUGUCCUUGCACAAGGUUUCCUCAAGUCCUUUGCACCUUUUCUCGUUCUCCGACUGCUCCAAGGUGCUUUUGAAUGCACAAUCAGCCCCGGUUUCAACCUUAUCAUUGCCAACUGGUACACCACCCAAGAGCACAAUUCUCGUUCUCUCGUCUUCCAGAGUGCCAACGCCGGCUGGGGUAUCGUUGUCGAUUUGACCAUGUACGGUAUUGCCAAAGCUGCCAACAGAAACCCUGGUGGUUUCGAGGCAUGGCGAGGGAUUGCCGUCUUCCUCGGUGGUCAAACUUUGCUUGCUGCUGGUGUAGCUUUCUUCUUGCUCGGUACUCCCAAUGAGGUCAGCUGGCUAAAGCCAGAGGAGAAGAGGAUAGCCUGUGCCAGAGUCAUGAAGAACAAUGCUGGUACUGAUUUGACUGGUAGAAAGACCUGGAAGUGGGACCAAGUUUGUGAAACUUUUUUGGAUCCCGUGUUGUACUUUCAGUUUAUCAACGCCUUCAUGUCGUCUGUGUGUAAUGGUGCUCUUACUACCUUUGGUACUGUCAUCAACAAAUCUUUUGGCUUCACUGAAAGUGAAGUCAUUCUGUACGGUAUCCCUCGAAGUGUUGCCUCUGUCCUUUGGUUCGCCUUUAUCGGUAUCCUGACAGGCAAGUUCAAGGGAAUCAGGAUGUACUUUAUGAUGAUCAGUACCGUCUUCCCCUUCAUCGGCCUCCUUUUCCUCGCUCUCCUUCCCGAGGACGACACGUACCGAUGGGUCAAGUGGGGGAUGUACUUUAUGACAGUCACCUUUGUUGUCCCUCUCUUCUCUGCAUGGGCUCUCAUCUCUUCCAACACUGCCGGUCGUACCAAACGAAGUGUCAUGAGCUCCAUGACCUUUAUCGCUUACUGCACUGGCAACAUUGCUGGUUCUCAAGUGAUGAAGGCCAAAGAUGCCCCACACUACAUUCCCGGCACCAUCGCCAUCGCAUGCUGUAUGGGCGUCGAAUUCGCCACGAUCGUCAUCUGGCGCAUCUGGCUCGAAUAUUGUAACAGGAAGAAGACCCGGGCGAUAGCGGAGAUGGGGUUGAGUGAGGAGGAGAUUGAGAAAAGGGGACAAGAGUUGGGAGCGGAGGAUACGACGGAUAUGAAGAACCCUUUCUUUAUUUACUCUACUUGAUCCUCUUCUUGGGAUCUUGGAUGUGCAGGGGGCGUAUACGCAAUUACUAUAGAGUUGUAAAGGGUUUAGGUUCGUUGAGAUGUCUAAUUAAUCAUCUAUUUUUGUUGUCAUUUUAUAUAUAUAUAUAUAGAAGUUUGUUAAGCAGGGAAAAGAAUAUAGAAGUGCAAUGCUCGGAGAGGGGGGAACAAAUACAUAUAUGAUGAUUAUCUGAUCAAAAUUCGAAAUGAAAAGUUUG